ACAGUACAUUUCUAUAGCAAAUAGCUAGCGCUAAGUAACGCAAGGAUUAGCAAAAAUGUUCAAAUUGGUGGUGUUGUCUGCUCUGCUCGCUGUGGCCGCUGCCCGUCCAGGCUAUCUGGAGGCAGGUCCACUGCUGCAUACUAGCUAUGCUGCACCAGCGAUUAUCCAUGAGCCCGCGCUGGCCAGUGUGGGGCACAUUGUGAAGAGCAUACCGACGUCGGUGUCGCAUCAGAGUAUCAGCCAGGUGCACAGCUCGGCGCACAUUGUGCAGCCGAUUCUGGCACCCGUUGUGAAGACCUAUGCGGCGCCCAUCAUCAAGACCUAUGCCGCUCCAGCUCUGCACACCAGCUACCUGUCGCCUUCGUGGGCCUCUCACGGCUGGGCCUCCUCCUGGUAGGCCUCCUCCAACUCGGCGCCGUUUCAUCAUCAUUGGGCGGCUCUGAGCGGAGCUGCUCGAGAUUUUUUAUACCCUUUCUGCAUUUUGUUCUCUUUUUUGACCCUUUUGA